AUGUUUGCAGAUAAAAGGGAUUUCGAACGUAAAUCAACAAGCAACUGGGCACCUUUGCAAUCUCCCAAAGAGAGACGAAUCAGCUGCGAUCGCUCUCAUCACUCCUAUGAUUUAUGCAUGAUUAAUGGUCCGACUGUUUUCCAACCCACAACCUCCACUUUCUUCCUUGUGGAUCCCUCCGCCGCAUCCCGGCCUUCCCCCGUCGAAAAAAUUAGACCUUACCCUCGGAAAUGGGAGGCUUUCACGAUGAAGAAGAUCAAAGAGCUGACCAUAGCGGCGACUCCACAAACCCCAAAAUGUGAAGUACAACACAAUGUUCCUGCUCUAGUGUUCAGUGCAGGUGGGUAUAAUGGAAACUUUUGGCAUGAUUUCAACGACGGGAUAAUUCCCCUCUUUGUCACAGUCAAUUCAGUCUUUGAACAUCAAGAUUUUGUUCUUGUUAUCACCGAAGCUCGUGAUCGGUGGGUCAGCAAGUAUGAAAAUUUAUUGCAGACGUUUAGUAAGCACCCUGUCAUAAACCUGAGUAAUGAAAAUGCCACUCAUUGUUUUAAUUCUGCCACUUUGAGCCUAAUUUCGCAUGGAUUUAUGACCAUAAACCCCAAAUUGAUGCCAAGUUCACAAACUUUCGCCCAUUUUCGUGCUUUCCUGGAGAAAGCCAAUGGCCACGGCGGAAACUACCCCUCCAAGCACAUUUCUCGGCCGCGGUUGGUGUUAGCGAGUCGCAAAGGUAGUGUUGGGCGUGUUAUUUUAAACCAGGCUGAAGUUAAACGUGUAGCUGAAGAAGUAGGGUUUGAUGUAAUUGUAUUUAAGCCAACUCCAAGAACCCCAUUGGAGGAAGCUUAUGCCGUUGUGAAUUCAAGCCAUGCAAUGGUUGGGGUUCAUGGUGCAGCUCUUACACAUUCGUUGUUUCUCCGGCCGGGUUCGGUGCUGGUGCAGGUGGUGCCGUUGGGGCUUGAAGGGGUGGCAGAGAUGUGCUUUGGGAAAUCGGCUAGGGCUAUGGGGUUGGAUUACAUGGAGUAUAAGAUCAAUGCAGAAGAGACCAGCUUGGUAGAAAAGUAUGAUAAGAAUGAUUUAAUAAUAAAAGACCCAGUUGCAUUUCGAGGGAAGAAUUGGUCGGACGCCAUUAUGACCAUAUAUCUGAAGGAACAAAAUGUGAAGUUUGACUUGGUUAGAUUUAAGGAAUAUUUACAGCAAGUUUAUAUGAAGGCGAAGCAAUUCAUGGACAAGAAGGGAUAA